CAAACUUUUUUAAACAAAAUUCACUCUUUCUUCUUUCCCCUUUUCACUUCUCUCUGACACACAACGACAACAACAACAAAGAGAAAAAAAAAAAAAAAAAAAACCCAACUUCCCAUUGCUCUCUUCCAUUUUUCUCUUCUGCCACUCAUGGCGGAAGCUGCUGUUCCUAUUCCUCACCGGAUACUCUCCUUAUCCGCCCUUGACGCCGUCGGAAAACAUAGGUUGCUCGCUGAAAUGAAGCGCCUCGAGCAAGAGGCUAGAUUUCUAGAGGAGGAGCUGGAGCAGCUUGAAAAAUUAGACAAAGCAUCGGCAUCAUGUAAAGAGUUAUUGGGCAGUGUAGAAAUGAGAUCAGACCCUCUACUUCCAGAGACUCUCGGCCCGGUUAAUCCAGUUUGGGAUCAAUGGUUCGAAGGCCCGAAAGAUUCAAAUCGAUGCCAUUGUCGAUGCAGAUGCUGGAUUCUGUAACCAUUUUGUUUGAUUAUGUAUACAAUUUUCUGGUUCCUACAAAAUGCGAGGUCCUGAUUGCCAAAUGAAUUUGAAAGAGCUCUAUCAUGUGAUGAUCUUUGGCAAUCUCAAGAUUCACUCAUUUCUUGUUAAAAGGGCUUUCACAUUAAUGGAUGUUCAUGUUGUGGUUUUCAAAAACAAUUUUUAUAGGGUUUUGUUGGUAAUUGGUACAGCUAUAGAAUUAUAAAAUAUAGAGUGAGUUUGAUUA